GUCGCGCGCGCAAAUAAUAGCUCUUCAUUCAUCGGUCCGUUCUCGACGGGAGUGAGCGAACUAGCGCUCAGUCCGUUCGCGCAGUCCUUCCUAAACUAUCAUCAGCUACGUAAGAAAGCAGUAGUGGGACCGGGCGUGACCGUUAUCAGCUGAGAAGAGACGAAAGUUUGCGAAUCUGCGAUUUGAGUCCCCUAUCCGGUCGUUUGCGAAAUCUGUUUGUGCCGUAAGAUCAUCACCUGCCGCUUCAGGUCGAAGCCUGUGAGGAACAGCUAGGCAUUCGCGCUACCGGCGGGGCAACAUUACGCGCUCAGUUAUCGUCGGUUGGCCGCACGCUGCUGAAGGGGUUUGUCAAGUCUUCAGCAAACUGCAACCCAAUUCACACCUUUGCCGAGAUUUUGGGUUCUGUUUCGCGCGUCCGUCGAUGAUGCGUCGCGGUGCGUAGCGACGACGGCGACGUGGUGCUAUUUUGGAAGAAGUUAUUUAGACAGAAGGUUAAACAGUGAUAGCAGUAGGGGCAUAGUAGAGGGAGCAGACUAAACAUCGACAACUGUAAAAUGCUGCAAAGGCAGCUGGAUGACCCGACCACCGUGAGCAACCUAUGGAACUACCUGACCUUUGUGGCAUUCGUAGUGGUGUCUGCACUGAUACCGAUCCGCAAGCGGCUAUGCAGCCGGAAGGUGAAAACCAAAGAGGACUACGUCUUCGGAGCCGGACACAUCUCGAUGCUGGCGAUGAUGCUGUCGAUUGCGCGGGGCACCCUCGGCGUUAUCUCCGUGCUGGGCUACCCGAGCGAGUUCUUCUACCGGGGGACGGCCAUGUGGGAAACGCUGUACGGCAUGAUAACGGCCUACCCGAUCGUGUGCUUUGUAUUCAUUCCGGUGUACUUCGAUCUCGGAAUCACAUCGGUUUAUCAGUAUCUCGAGUUGAGGUUCAACAGCCGAUUGGUACGCUGUCUUGCUUCCGGAACAUACAUUCUCCGGACGCUCCUCAGCCUGGGCGUCACCAUCUAUACGCCAACGGUUGCGUUGAACACCAUCAUCGGCGUCCCGUACUGGGCCUCGCUCCUCUGUAUCACCUGCAUCAGUAUAUUCUUCAACGCGCUCGGAGGCAUGAAGGCUGCCGUGGCAGCGGACGUGAUUCAAAGUCUCAGCAUGACCGCCAUGCUGGUCGGAAUCGUCAUUUACUGUAGUGUGAAAAGCGGUGGAGUGGAUCAGAUCAUAGCAGUUGGUGCGCAGCAUGGACGCAUGAACUUCUUCAACUUUGCGGCCGAUCUACAUCUUCGGGUCACGACCACUUCAGCUUGGCUUGGCGAGCUGUUUAUGUCGCUCAGUCUUCUGGGAUGUCAGCAGAACUUUGUGCAGCGAUACUUAAGCAUGCCAACGCUUCGCAAAAUCCGACAGACUAUGCUGGUCAACAUUCCACUAGUCGUAGUGCUUUUUUCACUGCCUUGGCUUGUCGGAAUAGGAAUCUACGCUUUAUAUUACACCUGCGAUCCGUUAAAAGCGGGCAGCAUAGAAAAAAUGGAUGAAAUUCUACCGUAUUUCAUUAUGGACUACUUCGCCAAAGUGCCGGGAGUUUGGGGCCUCUUUGUUGGAACAUUGUUCAAUGGAGCACUAACCCUAAAUAUCUCAAAUAUCAACUCCCUCGCAACGGUGACUUGGGAAGACUUCCUAACACUACUUCCCGGUUUUCGUAAAAAGACCGACAGUUAUCAAUUGACUGUGAUAAAAAUGGUGGGAACUAUCUACGCCAUCUUAAUUUUGGGAGUAGGAUUUCUCGUCGGACUACUCUCCGGGGUGAUAGAAUCUUCGGUGCUGGUUUUGUCAGCAACCUCAGGACCCCUCCUAGGGGUCUUUAUCCUCGCAAUGUUUGUGCCAUUCGCCAACUGGAAAGGAGCUGCCAUGGGAAUGAUCGUAUCCCAUGCGGUUACCGUGUGGAUCGUUACCGGUCGAAUGAUGUACGUUGAGAUCUACAAUUCCCUUCUGUCAACCUCCAUCGAUGGAUGCGUUAGCGAUGCACAGCUUCUCGUUAACAGCACCUCGUACAUCGCAGUGGACCACAUGAGUAGAGUGAUGCCCUUACCCGUUCCAGGUGAUUCGUUCCUAUACCGAAUUUAUUCCGUAUCGUACAUGUACUACGGGGUGUUCGGAACCAUCCUUACAGUAGCAGUAGGUUUAGUAUUUAGCUUAGCCACCUGGAGCAGUGUGGAUGCGUACAACACGAAGAUGCUGCAUCCGGCGGUGCGGUGGCUGCACGAACGGUCACCUUUCGGUGGUAAACGGUUCGGGUCGUUUGAUGUGACCAAGGGGGCAGACAAACAAACACCAGUCGCCAAAGUAGCAGACAAACAUAGUGUAGCGAAAGUUCCCACGAAGAGUUGAUGGGGUAAGAGGACGUUUUUUUUGCUAGUAGAUAGUCAAGAUGCUUCGAGUAGAUGAUGAAGCUAAACCGAAUAGCAAUGUAAGUUUUGUAAAUAGAAAUCCGUUGAUCUAAAC